AGAGAUUCCUGCUUGCGCCCCAAGUAUAGAGAGCUGGGUCGAUCAAAAGAGACCCCCCUUAUCUCAGAAACCACCACCUCCCCCGAUCAAAGUAAGCCCUCUGUCCUCUGCUCACGACAGAUGCAGACGUCAUCUCUUUGUCAAUGUCUUUCAACCUUCGUGUUGUGUUUACACGGAACGAGGGCCAGGCUGGCUGGCUCUGCAGCCGUGUGCAAGGCAGUGAAUGCUGCCUGGCAUAUAUAAAAGGUGCGGCAGCAGGGCAUCUACAGGAGCCAACCACGAGGAGACCAGUGCCCAGUAUACAGGUAGGAGGACACAGGGGGAACAAUCCCACCAUCUGGGAGCAGCUGAGCAAAAUACCUGAAGGAAUAAGGUAAGGCAAAAGUGGUUACAAUCUGGCAUGUGAACUUUGGGUUCUAAGCAGACAAAGCACACCUUUCUGUUCAACCAAUUCCUGUUUUUAAAUUGAAAUGAGGGAUAAUCAUGCAGAUGGACUUACAGCCUGGAAGGAGCAUCAUCCAUACUCGGCCAAGUCUGACAGCGGAGAUCCUUGCUUGCUGCGGCUGCACAGCUAACAUGUCCCUUUAAUGCCUUGUUGCAGAAUCCUCGCUUCAUCAUGUGCAUCAAAGCUGCCCUCCUAGCAGUGCUGCUGGCCACCUUUUCAGGUUAGGCUCCUAAUAAUAAUAAUAAUAAUAAUAAUAAUAAUAAUAAUAAAGGUGCAUUUGGAGAGUGGGGAGGUUCUGGGUUGUGUUAGGGACAGCUCGGUGACCUCUGAGCAUGUGUUUGUGAGCUAUAGCCUUAACACAGUGCUUACAAUGCUCUGCUUCUAGUCCCAAGUCCCAAUCAGAGCUGCCAAAUAGAUUCAGCUUCUGGACACCUGGGCACAGAGGGGUUUUUUCCCCCUGGAGACCCCUCUAGCAGCUAUAUUAAAGAGCAGGAACGACCCUGAGCUGCAGAGGUGACCUCCCUGGUUGCCUGCACUGUUGUGCAACAUUCUCAGUAUGAGAAUCCAGCAAUGUGAGAGAACUCUGUUGGUUGCAAGUGGGUUGGCUUUUCCAUAGACUGUCUACUUUUUGUCCUUUCCUCUUUGCCUCAUCUGCACAGCUUCUCCAGCCAGUCUUCAGCGGAGCCAAGUUUGGGACUACUUCAGCCAACUGACUCAAGACAAGGGCAGCACGGAGCAAGCCCAGCAGCUGAAAGGAGGACAAGGGGUGAAGUGAGUCUGAUUCACUCUAAGCUUAUCAGUACGAUUGUGCGCUUUUUCAUUUCAGACAUUUAUCGUCCACCUUUUCCUCUAAGGAGGUUCUCCCUUUUCCUAUUUUUUUAUCCUAACAACAACCCUGUGAGGUAGGUUAGGCUGAGAGUGACUGGCCCAGGGUCACCCAGUGAGCUUCAUGGCUGAGUGGGGAUUUGAACCCUGGUUUCCCAGGUCCUAGAGGCUGACACUCUAACCAUUACACCACACUGGCUCUCACAGAACAAAGGACACAAUUGGUGGGUUUUCCUAUCCACCCCUCCAUUCCCUGAUUGGUAGGGGGAGGGGUGGGAACCAUUGUGGGGAGAGAUCAUCUGACAUAUUGGCAGAAGAAAGCAAGUGCAGCCAACAGGAUCAGGCCCUGAUGAGGCCUAAGGAAACUGUGCUGGGAACAUUGACUGAAAUGGGGUCCUGCUUGUGGGUUUUCCAAUGGGGCCUCUUGCCUGUCACUGUGAGAGCAGGAUUCUAGACUAGAUUCCAUUGGCCUGACCCAGCAGCCAGGAUCUUCUAAAGUUUUUAUUUUGAAAGAUUAUAUCCUGCCUUUCCACUGUAACAUCCUCUCAAUUGACAGAAGGUACUGUGCAUCUGCACCCCACAGCUAGAAAUGGUUCUGGGGUAAGAGGGAGGUGAGAGGGUUCACCAGCCCUUAAUAUUAACUAGUGAGGGGAAGGAGUCUCCCCUAUUGACCACAGGUACAGGCUUCCACUAUUGUUUGGGCUCCCAGUGCAUCAACAUGCAGGGGAUGACGAUGACGAUUGAUUGAUUAAAGGUAAAGGUAAAGGGACACCUGACCAUUAGGUCCAGUCGUGGCCGACUCUGGGGUUGCGGCGCUCAUCUCACUUCAUUGGCCGAGGGAGUCAGCGUACAGCUUCUGGGUCAUGUGGCCAGCAUGACUAAGCUGCUUCUGGCGAUCCAGAGCAGUGCACGGAAACGCCGUUUACCUUCCUGCCGGAGCGGUACCUAUUUACCUACUUGCACUUUGACGUGCUUUCAAACUGCUAGGUUGGAAGGAGCAGGGAUCGAGCAACGGAAGCUCACCCGUCACGGGGAUUCGAACCACCAACCUUCUGAUCGGCAAGUCCUAGGCUCUGUGGUUUAACCCACAGCGCCACCCAUGUCCCGAUUGAUUGAUUAAUUGCCUUCUAAACCACCAUCUCAAGAUAAACACAAAAACAACAAAUACAUUUAAAACAAGACGAAAACCUGCUUGCUAAUACAUAGCAAUGUAUUUAUUUAAUCUUUAAUUUAACUGCUUGCCUGGAUUCCGAGCAGCAUCGAAGUAAAGGAGAGUCCACCAUCCCUUCAUUCCAUCCUUUCUCAGUGAAGUUGAAGCUGCCUAUCAUAUAAUGGCUAGGAAGGAUGCAGGAAUAGGUAAUGGGCACUAGGAGGCCUGGUGUGGGAAGGUAUCUUGCACCCUUAAUACGUGGAGAUGCUGGAGACAGCAUCAUUGCUGAUGUGGUUGGCCUAGGAGCCAACUCCUAGGGACUGUGGGGGCUUUGGCCCCCACAAUAAAAUAUAUAAGGGGGCUGGGUCACCACAAAGUUGAUGGGCAUUCCCAUUCAAUUAUGCAGGGCGGGGCUUACCUCGACCCCCAAAAUAUUUUAUUCAAGUUGGCACCCCGGUAUGUGGCCUGGUGGAUCUGCAAAGGAGGACAUAUUUGGAACAGAGGCGGCUAGACAGUGACUUGGCGAGAGGGGAUUGAAAUGCAGUGUGGGUGGGGUUAUUGUUUUUAUUAUGUAUUUUGUCUUUUAAUCCUGUAUUUUUAUGCUUUAACUGCCCUGGGAUCUGUGGGUGAAGGGUGGUAUACAAAUUUAAUAAAUAAAUGAAAUGAAAUAACCAGUGUUGUGUGGAACAUAUACAGUGGUACCUCGGUUCUCGAAUGUCUCCACUGACGAACGUUUCGGAACUCAAAACGCCGAAAACCCAAAUGCUUCCAUUUUCAAAUGCACCUCGGAAGUUGAACGGCUUUCACUGUGUGUUUCUCAAUUUCCUCAAUGAUAUUUGCAGACCACCUUUUUAGAACAUUUUGGAACUUGGACAGUCUUCUGGAACAGAUUACUUUCGAGAACCGAGGUACCACCGUACUUGCAUUCCUGUUUGUCUGUUUAAUGAGAUACAAUAAUUGGGAUUGGUACGAGCCUAAUACAGUGGUACCUUGGGUUAAGAACCUAAUUUGUUCUGCAGGUCCGUUCUUAACCUGAAACUAUUCUUAACCUUAGGUACCACUUUAGCUAAUGGGGGCUCCCGCUGCCGCCUCCCAAUUUCUGUUCUCAUCCUGAAGCAGAGUUCUUAACCCGAGGUACUAUUUCUGGGUUAGUGGAGUCUGUAACCUGAAGUGUCUGUAACCCGAGGUACCCCUGUAAUGGGCUCUCAGACUCCAGACUUUCUUUUCAGGUCUGUGUCUCCUCUGCAAAUGUGUGCAUUCUCUCUUUUGUUCAGAAACAUGAAGGAAAGUCUCCAAGAUGGCGCCAACUACGUGGGACACGUCCUUGAGAAGUUGACCCCAGUACACAGGGGAUUCCAACCCCAGUUCUACCAAGAUGCCGAUGGACUUCGGCAGAUCAUCCAGAGGGAGGUCGAAAGCCUCCGGAGGAAACUUUCUCCUUAUAUGGAUGAGGCGCACCAAAAAAUCAGCCAGAACUUAGAAGGUCUCCGUCUCCGCCUGACUCCCCUCACAGAGCAGCUGAUGGAACAGGUCUCGCUAUGCGCAAGAGAAUUGCACCAGCAUUUCAAGCCCAACCUCAACGCAGAGGGUCUGUUGGUGGAAACUCCAGGUGCGGUCCAGAAGUUUACAGCCUCUUAUGCUGAAAAGGCAGCUACCUUUAUUGACCAGGUGAAGGAGAUUUUCCUCCCAUAUGCUGACAGGUUGGCAACUGAGAUCCAUCGUACCAUGGAAGAACUCCACAAAAGCACAACACCUCACACUGCAGUUAUGGGCCAGCAACUCGGUCAGUAUCUACAAGAAUUCUCCGGCAAGCUCACCCGCAACGUGAAGGUUCUCCAUCUCCAAAUUGAAAGGAACCUGGAUCAACUCAAGGUGCAGCUGAGCCUUCACCCCAACACCUGGGUUGCACAUCCUUCCCACAGGAGCCAAGAAAACCACCAGCUGUCUGUGGACUCCUACCUGGAAAAUAUGGCUCAGGAGGUUCAGGAGAGAAUUGAGGAGUUCAGGAGAGAUACAAUCCUUCAGAUAGACAACUUCACAAGGACCACUGACAGGGAGAUGGAAGAAAUGAAGUCCAAGCUGUCUCCCACACCCUCAUACUUGGAAGAGUUCCAGGAAAACUCCACGCCACUGGAAGACUUGCAUGCCAAGCUAGACUCCCUGUGGAAGGAUAUUUUCCAGAGUCUCAAUGAGCCGAGCACCAGCUUAUACUGAAGUUUUGUGCCCAGGCAAAUUAGGCAGUGGAGGCCUCUUUGAAAUAACCUACUUUUGGGGUGGGGGAGAUCAAACCCUUCUGAGCAGUAGUGGUUUCCCUAGACUGCCACAUCAGACUUUAAUGGUUGGGACCUAUUUUGGGCACGUCGCUCCUCCUGUGGCUCUUUUAUUCUCCUUUUCAAAAUUACAGGACCUUAGAAUUAUUGGAUACAGCUAAGCUCAAUACAUCAUCUCUUGUGGCAAACAGUAUUUUCUCCCCUCUCCUUUUCUCUAUUAUUUGGUAGGGGGUAAACAUUUAAAUAGGAGGCUACAGCCCUGAGAGCAGUGGUGUGGAACCUUCAUCUUGCAGACAUAAUCACACACAUCCCAAUUAGGCGUUUUUGGGUCCAAAACAUGUCCACCUGUCCAUCACCUGACAACUUAUGAUGCUAGCAGCAAUUCCGCCUUUCCAGACGCUGCUUGCAAUUCAGUACUUUUUUUAACCUUGGUACCUUGCGGUGACAAAAAAAAAAGCACAAUUGUGCCGAAUUGCAACUUGAAAAGGAAUCAUUGGCUGCCAGGGGGCUGAGGGUGGGGCUCACUCACCUAUCAAAGGUGGCACAUACCAGGUGAGUGAGUUUUGAAUCCAGUCAGUGGGUCAUCCAAUUCCUCACCCACACAGUUGAGUUUGCUGAAGGUUAUGCUAGGACAGGGUGGUCCAAAGUGUGGACCUCGGCAACAUUUGACACCCAGCCAGCCUUCCCAAAGCCAGGUAAGGAAGGUGCUGGGCUUUGGGAAGGAGAUGUGAGGGUUCUGACAGGGUCUUACAGUCCUCCUUCCUCCUUCCCAAAGUCUAGUGAAUGCUUCCCCAGCUUUGCGAAGGUGAGAGGGCUCUAGGACCCUGCCAGAGCCCUUGUGCCUCCUUUACAAAGUCCCAAAGUGUAUUUCUUAGCCAGCUUUGGGAAGGCAGCAUGGGGGGGGGGGCAUGAGAGAAGGGGAAAAUCAAAUUUUGGCCUUCUUUUCUCCUGUGUGGCAAGACAGUGUGCGUCCCAUGGGUUGUGUUUCAAAGCACACAUGUGCCCCACUUGGUAUGAAAAAUUGGAACUCCCUCUGUUAGAAUGAUUAAGACCUGGCUCCCAUCUUAAUUUUACUCAUGUUUUAAAAGUGUUAAGAGGCUGCUUCUGAUAUGGAGUACCUCCUUGGAUCUCCUCUUAGCGGAACAUUUUAUCCCCCACCCCCCACCCCGGCAAUGUUGAUGAUUAAAAAUCCUGCCACUGUUUUCUAUUUGAUGUAUCGUACUUUUAUUAUAGGUAUACAUAUACUGUAGUAAUGCUGUAAAUAUAUAUUUUGUAAUAAUAUGCAUUCAUGUUGUUCACCUCUUUGGGGGCCUCUGGCUAAAAAAAAAAAAGUGGCACAGUAUAUAAAUAAACUGCACCCUACCAUCCCAUGUUUUAUUCAUGAGAGGCCAGACUCUUGUGUUCACUGUGCCUCCUCAGUGUAAAUUUUACUCACUUCUGCAUUCACUCUAAAUGCACCUAAAUGCACUCUAAAUGGGUAGAAAAAUUGCCACAUCAAGAGAAGCACUGAAAACUGAAACCUCCAAAGGUUUAUGUUCAUCAUGUGAGCACAUGGUGGUGACUUUGCCUAAACAUUUUUGCCAUGUUUAAAACAAGGUUCAACCAGCUCCCGUGACACCCAACUUUUAGCUACUGUGCUCAGUAGGAGCCAGAAAGACUGAAAGAGAACAAUGAAUGAAACUACUACCAUUUGCCACUUCUGGUGCUCCAUUUAUGUAAAUACAUAAUUUCUCCUGCAGUGUUUCUUCUCUUAGAUGUUAGCACAACCACUAUGCCUAUGGAAUAGGUAAUACAGAAAUGGCUGUGGAAUCCUCAGGUCCAGUUUGUACAUCCAAUUUAUGACUGUGGUCUAAUGCAAAAAUUCAGUGGCCAGGUUGCUUACUUGAACAUAUAACGCCAAUCUUGGCCCAAGUGCACUGGCUCCAAUCAGUUUCUGACCAAUGUAAAGUGCUGGUUUUGACAUACAAAACCUUAAAUGGCUCAGGACUGCAAUACAUCCAGGACCGCCUCUCCUCAUAUGUGCACUGCAUCCAUCAUCUGAAGCUCUUCUUCAUGUGUCCCCUCCAUGAGAGGUCCACAGAGCAGCAACACGAGAAUGGGCCUUUUCUGUGGUGGCUCCCUAUUUGUGGAAUGUUCUCUCCAUGGAGGCUUGCCUGGUGCCUUCAUUACAUAUCUUUAAUAAUAAUAAUAAUAAUAAUAAUAAUAAUAAUAAUAAUAAUUUAUUUGUAUCCUGCCCUCCCCAGCUGGGAUCAGAGUGGCUAAUAUCAUAAAAACAACACAAUAUGCAUAAAAACAGCCAACAAUUUAUUAAAAUACAUCUUAAAAUUAAUUCAGACAAAUUAAAAUCUGGGCAGAUGGCAAUUAUCAGGUUGCAACUGAGAGUGGUUAAUACUUGCCAGGACCAACUGUUUCCACUGAUCAUACAAGGACCUGUGAGCAGGUUGGGGGUCUCCUUCGGGCUUGUUUUAUACAAAGGAAAGUAAGUCAAACUGCAUCUUGCCCAAAGGCCAGGCAAAAACAUUCCUUUUCUCCGAGGCCUUUGGCUAAUUAAACAAUCUGGCCUUUUAAAUAGCGUAGUAGGGGGAGUGUUAUUGUUUCUUGUUACCUAUAAUAUGUAUUUUUGUGAUCCUUGAAGGUGGUAUAGAAAUUUAAUUUUAAAAAAAUGAAAACAUGCACUAAAAUUGCAAAACAACUGAACUUCUAGGUUUCAAUUGCCUUCCAAUAGUUGCGAAACUAAGCACAAAAUAUUUACCAAGCUCUGCUUUGGUUGCCACAAAGUAGUUUUGCACCACUUAUUUACUAAUCUCCCUCCACCCCCGCUGACUGUGUAUAUAUGUGUGUGUGCCUGAUCAGUAUGAAUCUGUGAACAAAGCAGUGCCGCUACACUUUCUGCAUCAAACUUGGCUUCCUUGUCCUGCAUUGUAAAUGGCUUUUUGACUGUCUGUAAUAAAGUAACAUUUCCACUGGUCCUGCCUCUUGUUUUGUCUGAAUCUGCAAUGGUCUACCACAGUGCAAAGGGAGGGCUGAAAACUCUGGUCCAGGCAUUAAACUUUAAGCAGAGACCCACCCCAUCCAUGUGCGCGUGCGCACACACCCCCACACCCCCAACUGGAAGAGCUUGGUUCCUGGAUCAGGCCAAGGUGGACCUGUCUAGCCAAGCACUCAGGUUCCCACCCACACUGGACAUGCACAACCCUUUAGGAUGCCUGCAAGCAGCUCCUCCCCAGCAACUGGUAGACUUCUCCUGGCUCUGGAGGUUCUAUUGAGGCCCCUCAUUUCCCAGCGGCUUGCAGCCUGGCCAGGCAAGGGCUCGACUUGUCUUCCCACCCGGCCAAGUGGUUCCUGGUGGUGCCUUUGCCACCGGACUGGGAGAGGAACGCUUCCCUUUCUGAGGUCUAACCGACAGCAGGAGGAUCUAGCAGCCUGGCUUUCCAGUAUGCCCACGUGGACAGAAAUUCCAUCCCAGGGUUUCUCCCCCUGUUGAACUUCUGCCUCCCCGCUGGCCCUCUUAUUUCUCCCCCUGUUGAACUUCUGCCUCCCCGCUGGCCCUCUUAUUUCUCCCCCUGUUGAACUUCUGCCUCCCCGCUGGCCCUCUUAUUUCUCCCCCUGUUGAACUUCUGCCUCCCCGCUGGCCCUCUUAUUUCUCCCCCUGUUGAACUUCUGCCUCCCCGCUGGCCCUCUUAUUUCUCC